GGUUGACAGAAUGACAGAUCGCAGAAUAGAGUAGAACAAACUGGUGGGAUUUUUUGUGUGGUUAUUGUUUUGUACAACAAUAUAAACGCAAUAAUUGUCGAAUGUACCAGUCCAUUUUAUUGCAUUUAUGUGUGCCCAGUGAAAUAUAUUUAUCAACUGAAAGAAUUAACUUCUAUGAACUCAAAAAGCGAAACUGACGAAGCUUCAAGGGGGAACGAAGCGUCAUCGUCAAAUAGUAACACAGCCCCAACCGAAAGUUGCUCUAAUUCAGGUAUAUGUGCGGAGAAAAACUCAAACUGUGGUGAGGACAUUAUGAAGCGAGCUGCUGCGAAACAGUUGAUCGAGAGAUACUUCUACCAGCUGUUGGAUGGCUGCGGGAACCCAAACUGUGACAACCAGUACUGUGCGUCUAGUGGGGAGGCCCGAAAUCUGACACCAAAUGAAGCUGCAGCGGAGGCCAUCAAGUUGUUCUAUAAGGAGGCGCGGCUAUGUGACACCCUGCCCAACAAAGUGCCUCGCACUGAGACAAGCCCUUGUGACUCCACCAGCCCUUCAUCAGCAUGCACAGAGAAAGAGAAGCGGAGCCACGACGAGAAGUCCGAGCUACCCAGCUCGAGCGCCACGAGCUCCCGACAGGAAACUAGUCACAAACAGGACGAGUUCAAAACUAGUCACAGCAAUGGUGCACCAUUGACAGAGGAGCAUAUAUACAAGUUGUGUGACGAGUGUUUGGAAACCAAAGCGCCUGAGCCUCUCAUCAGGGCACUAGGAGAAGCAUUCACACAGCCAGCCAUACUAGCUCGGUGUUUCCAGGGGAAACCACAUGCCGACAGUAGUAAUGGGGAAGGAAAUAAUAAAGGAAACAAAGAAACAAAAGCCAUGUGCUCGUCGAGUGACCCGGACAAGGACGUGGACAGCCUGGAGGGCCCCGGGCUCGACGUGGCGUCCUGCCGCCGCGCCUUCCAGUACCUAGCGAAAGUGCCAUCAGAAUACUACAGUUCAGCUCUAGUGACCGCCCUGACCACCCUCGCUGAGAACAUGGAAAUAGACCUGCGAAUAACGAAGAAGAUGAGUGAAGAAGACAUCGUCAAUUGCUUCGUGAUCGCCUUCGAGGUGCCCGAUCUUGGGUGCAGUGACUACCUGGAGAUAGCGUUGCCUGCGUUGUGCCAUGCGGCCAAACAUCUGCCUGUCAAAACACAAGCGAAACUGGCGCGAAUGUGGGCGCAGCACUGCAAGGAGAGUCUGCGCCACAUACUGGAAACUCUACAGCAACUCAUCACUCUACGUAUAAUCUCUACCAACUACACAAGAAACUUCCAGGUGCAGGACGAUGAGAGCGUCACUAUGGCCACGAAACUCAUGAAGAUAGUCUACUACGCGAACAUGAUCGGCGGUGUCAUGGAGUCCAGCUCACUCCGCGAGGAACCUGUCUCUGUUCCUCAACAACUAGAUCCACUAGGGGACGCCUUAGACCACCUCUACCCCCUCACGUCCAUCAAGAGCAAAAACCACCAGCACACAGACCCACUAGGAAUUGAAUUAGGUGUAUAUGUAUUAGACGCUAGGAAGCCCGUCCUGCCAUUCGAGGAGUUCUACAACGAGCCCCUCAGUGAUACUAUAGAAAUGGAUAAGGACUACGCUAAUUAUAGGACAGAGAUUAGUAAUGGUAAAAAAUUCGCCUUCCUAAAAUACCCGUUCAUCCUGACGGCCGCGACGAAGUCCCUCGGGCUCUACUACGAGAACCGGAUCCGGAUGUACUCGGAGCGGCGCGUGUCGCUCCUGCACGCCGUGGUCGGCGCGGCGCCGCCCAUGCCGUAUCUAAGACUUAAAGUGCGAAGGACGCAUAUCAUAGACGACGCGUUGGUUGAGUUGGAGAUGGUGGCGAUGGAGCGAGUCCUGGACUUCAAGAAGCAACUAGUUGUGGAGUUCGAGGGCGAGCAGGGCUUGGACGAGGGCGGCGUCAGCAAAGAAUUCUUCCAACUCAUCGUCGAGGAGAUCUUCAACCCCGACUAUGGAAUGUUCACGCAGCAGCGGGACAAUGGAACAGUGUGGUUCAACCCGCUAUCCUUCGAGACGGAAGCCCAGUUUACCCUGAUCGGUAUAGUGCUGGGUCUAGCCAUAUACAACAAUGUGAUACUACCAGUCAACUUCCCCAUGGUCGUGUAUCGAAAACUGAUGGGCAAGAAAGGCUCAUUUGAAGAUCUGGCUGACUGGAAUCCUAUAUUAUACUCCGGCCUAAAAGACAUGCUGGAAUACAACGACGACGACUUAGAAGAAGUGUACUACCAGACCUUCAGGAUAUGCCACCGCGACGUUUUCGGCAAUGUCAUAUUCCACGAUCUUAAAGAAGACGCUGAUAAUAUCUUCGUCACGCAGGGGAACAAAAAGGAAUUCGUAGAUCUGUACGCGGACUUUCUGCUGAACAAGUCAGUGGAGAGUCAGUUCAAGGCGUUCCGGCGCGGGUUCGUGAUGGUGACGGACGAGAGUCCGCUGGCGGCGCUGUUCCGCCCCGAGGAGGUGGAGACCCUGGUCUGCGGGAGCAAGAACUUCGACUUCAACGAAUUAGAAAAAUCUACAGAAUACGACGCCGGCUACACUUCCGAGUCCCAAACAAUCAAAGACUUCUGGAGCAUAGUGCACAGCCUCUCUCUCGACGACAAGAGAAAACUGCUACAGUUCACGACCGGCUCGGACCGGGUGCCGGUCGGUGGCCUAAGCCAUCUAAAGCUCGUGAUAGCCAGGAACGGCCCCGACUGCGACCGCCUGCCCACCGCGCACACCUGCUUCAACGUGUUGCUGCUGCCCGAGUACGAGAGUAGAGAUAAACUCGAAGACAGACUCAUGAAGGCUAUCAGCUAUUCGAAAGGAUUCGGGAUGCUCUAGUGUAUUAUAAUGCGUCUUUAUAUUGAUUAAAGUUUGUUUUAUUUAUA